GCCAUGGCCGCCUCCGCCCCCGCCCCCGCCUCCUCCGCCUCUGUGGCGCUCGCACGCGUGUCCAUCCCCAAGAACGGCGUCGACUACCGCGGAAAAGUGGUGCUUGCGCCCAUGGUGCGCUCUGGUGAACUGCCCUCACGGCUUCUGGCGCUCAAGUACGGCGCAGACCUGGUAUGGGGCCCAGAGACCAUCGACCGCGCCAUCAUCGGCACCACCAAGCGCCUCAACCCCCACACGUCGACGCUCGAGUUCACGCGCCUGCCCACGUCCAAGAUCAAGAACCCGGCCCUCGACCCCGAGAAGCGCGAAAGCGUCAUCUACCGCAUCCACCCCGAGCUGGAAAAGGGAAAGCUCAUCUACCAGAUCGGCACAGCCAACCCCGACCUCGCUGUCCAGGCAGCCAAGAUGGUGGCCGCCCACGUCGCCGGCAUCGACGUCAACUCGGGCUGCCCCAAGCCCUUCUCGACGUCGGGCGGCAUGGGCGCAGCGCUGCUCCGAACACCAGACUUGCUCUGCGACAUCCUGACGAGACUCGUCGACGAGGUGGGCAAGCCGUUCGACAUUGGCAUCAGCGUCAAGAUCCGGAUCCUUGAGCAGCCUGAAGACACUGCCGCUCUGGUCAAGCGACUCGUCCGCACUGGCAUCACUGGGCUCACUGUCCACUGCCGAACCACGCCCAUGCGACCCCGCGAGCGCGCGAUAAGACACCAGCUCAGCAUGAUUGGCGAGAUAUGCCGCCAAGCAGGCGUCGCAUGCGUCAUGAAUGGCGACGUGACAUCGCGCACCGAGGCGCUCAAGCUCAUGGAAGAGUUCAAUGUCGACGGCGCCAUGAUCGCUACCGAGGCAGAGAAGAACCCCAGCUGCUUCCGCCCCGAGGCCGAGGGGGGCCCUCAUGAGUGGCGCUCGCAGUGGAAGACGGUCGUUACAGAAUACAUGCGCCUGGCACUGCAAGUAGAGAACCGAUGGGGCAACACAAAGUACUUGCUUGGCCAGAUGAUUCCCGGAAAGGAAAAAGCAUAUGCAGCCAUGAACAGGUCCAAAUGCUACACCGAUGUCAUCAAAGCCCUGGGUCUGGAAAACGUAGACGACUUGCUACAGCAGGCUCAAACCGUCGACGACCAUCUCGGCAUACCCAUCAACGAGUCGCGAGCCGACAAACGAGCAAGAGUAAAAGAGGCAAGCAAGCCCGAAGCAGCCACUGCCCAACAGCAAAAGGAAAAGCGAAAAGUCGACGAGAGCGAGGAACCAGAGGCUAAGCGCGUCAAAGUACCGGAUGCCGAGCCAGAAGUGGCCGCCGUGCCCCAGCCUCAGGAGGUGCUGGCUCCCGCAGCAGCUUUGAGCGUAUGAAAGCUCUUGCUGCUUUCCAGGACUCAUAGCUGCAUGUAUUAUGAGUGCAUCACAGGCGUAUUAUAGCAUUAGUAUUUUGAGUCAUGAGAUUGUGUGGUGGAAGACGAUCUGAAUGAACAAAAUAACAAUCUCCUUCAACAUACUA